UCCUGCGAGCCCCACAGCGGCAGAGGCUCGUGGAGCGCGGCUGGUGUGGGUUGCGGAGCAGUCUACACCGUUUGGUCCCUGUCCCCUCGGCGGUCUCCCUGCGCCAGCCUACCUCGCCCCUUGGCGCCAUGACCACUACCACUACCUUCAAGGGUGUGGACCCCAACAGCAGGAACAGCUCCCGGGUUUUGCGGCCUCCCGGUGGCGGGUCCAAUUUUUCACUAGGCUUUGAUGAGCCAUCAGAACAGCCUGUGAGGAAGAACAAGAUGGCCUCUAGCAUCUUUGGGACACCUGAAGAAAACCCUCCAUCUUGGGCGAAGUCAGCAGGUGCCAAGUCCAGUGGUGGCAGGGAAGGUUCGGAGUCGCCUGGAGCGCAGAGAAGUAACUCUUCCGAAGCAAGCUCCGGAGACUUCUUAGACCUCAAGGGAGAAGGUGAUAUGCAUGAAAAUGUGGACACAGACUUCCAAGCCAACCUGGGGCAGAUGGAAGAGAAGCCUGUGCCUGCUGCUCCUGUGCCCAGCCCAGUGGCCCCGGCCCCAGCGCCAUCCAGGAGAAACCCCCCUGGUGGCAAGUCCAGCCUGGUCUUGGGUUAGCUUCUUCUGUUGGAACUCUGUCCUGUUUGUUUGUUUUUCCAUGCUUGUGAACUGCACAACGUGAGCCUGACUGUACAUCUUUUGGAUUUGUUUCAUUAAAAGAGAAGCACUUUAUGUAUUGCUGUCCUUUUUUCCCCUUCUCCCACUUUCUCUAUUGCUUUUUCUUCUUGUCUGACUUCUGGGUCUGUGGGCUAUGGCAUGAGUGUUUUCUAGUAGUAGACUGGAGUAGUAGACCGUUUUUAAGAACAAAUGAUCUGGUUCCUGAUGUUGUUAGAGACGCUUUUGUACCAGGGUUUUUGAUGCUGUACAUGGCUUCCUGUGGUGGGACAGACAGCAGCUGUAGUCCUGCAGUCCUGGAGCCCCUGUACCAGUUGUCUGUGAUGCACGCUCCUUGGUGUCACCCCACCAUCACAGUGUCGUUGGCUAAGUGCACCUUCCUAUGCCAUGUGGAAUGAUAAAAGCACCCGCACCUCAUACCCUGCGGCCUACGAAAGGAAAGAAGCCAGAGCCGCUGUGACUGGCCAGCUGCUCGGCAGAGCCACCGGGUGCAGAGGAAGGCUUCAGGUGUGUGAGCAAGCUGCCUGGAAUUGCAAGGGGAAGCACACAAGGGGGCAGUCCCAAGUGGGCCGGAGGCAUCGGUCCCACAGGGACAUCCUAAUGGAGUAACUCAAUGCCAAGUGCAUGACGCUGGUGCUUGACCAUGAAGACAGUCUCAUCCUUGAAACUUGUACUUCUCAGUCCUGGACUGUUGCUUAAAGUAAACAAUGCCCACCUUUUGAA